CUUCAGCCACCACCCGCCUCCCUGCUGACUCCUCUGUGCUCCGCCAGUAAUGCGAGCCCCAGGGUGGGAGCUGCAGGGUGCUCUGGGUCCCCUCCCAGUCCCUGGACGUCCUCCUGCUGGGCAGAGCUGGCCCACAGAGCGGAUGCAGGUAAGAGAGGCCUGGGGCUUAGGCAGGCUAGGGAGAGGGGUGGCCUGGAACCCCGGGCUCCUAUCCUCCGGAGCCAAGUCCUGGGUCAGGCCUCAAGCGAGCAAGACUGCCUCUGUAGCAGGCCGGGUGGGCUGCAGCUCCCUGCAUGCCUCCCCCAGGAUGCUGCAGCCAGACAGGCCCUGGGUGUCUGAGGAGGGGACGGCCGCGGGGUCCCGGCGGGGUGACUGCGUCAUCUGCUACUCUGCCUAUGACCUCGAGGGCCACCUGCCGCACCGUCUCUACUGCGGCCACACCUUCUGCCAGGCGUGUGUGCGGCGGCUGGACACUGCAGCGGGCGAGCAGCGCUGGAUCUCCUGCCCACAGUGCCGCCAGAGCACACCCACACCCCGGGGAGGGGUGGCCCUGCUGGACCUCGACCUGGCCGCCUUCCUGGCCGUGAGGGCUGAGUGGGAGCCAUCUCGCAGGGAGCCCCCUGCACCCCCCAAGGGCAGUGCCGCCAUCACUCAGCAGCCAGCCAGGCUCUGUCCCACCCUAGGCCCCCAGCCCCACUUCCCCCAGGCCCGGGGCUGCUGCGGUCUCUGCUGGGACGCCCCUGGUGGUCCCGAGGUCUGAGCGCUGGUGGCUGCCCCUCCUGUCAGGGGAGCUGCCACCCACAGCCCAUCCCAGGAACCUCUACCCGCGGCACAGCCAGCCUGGAGCAGCCUGGGGGCCGAGCAUCAGGCAGGCUGCCCUCCACGGACUUCCCCAGGCCGCAGCCGCAGCUUGGAAGCUGUGCCCCCACUACUAGGAGACUCUGCAAAGAGGCGCGGGUGACCUCCUGCUGCUCUUGGCCAGGAUUCCAGGGCCUCAAGCUAGGCUGACUGUGUGUAGGGGGAGGCUGCUGCGGUCACCUGCAGGCCCAGCCUGG